CAAGCCAGAAGGUGCCGCGGCCGCUUCUAGUAGUUUCCAGGCGCUGCUGGGCGGCUGGGACCUAGAGGUCCUGAGGCUGUGGCUGCGGCUGCUAGGGAGCUGGUGGCGGCGAGAUUGGAAAGCUGAUGGCCAAGUGGGGUGAGGGCGACCCACGCUGGAUCGUGGAGGAGCGGGCAGACGCCACCAACGUCAACAACUGGCACUGGACGGAGAGGGAUGCUUCAAACUGGUCCACAGAUAAGCUGAAAACGUUGUUCCUGGCGGUGCGAGUGCAGAAUGAGGAGGGCAAGUGUGAGGUGACAGAAGUGAGCAAGCUGGAUGGAGAGGCGUCCAUUAACAACCGCAAGGGCAAACUCAUCUUCUUUUAUGAGUGGAGCAUCAAACUUAACUGGACAGGUACCUCAAAAUCAGGCGUGCAGUAUAAGGGCCAUGUGGAGAUCCCAAAUUUGUCGGAUGAGAACAGCGUGGAGGAAGUGGAGGUGAGCGUGAGCCUUGCCAAAGAUGAGCCAGACACCAAUCUUGUGGCCUUAAUGAAGGAGGAAGGGGCGAAACUGCUGAGGGAGGCGAUGGGAGUUUAUAUCAGCACGCUCAAAACAGAGUUCACCCAGGGUAUGAUCUUGCCUACAAUGAACGGAGAGUCCGUGGAGCCCGCGGGACGGCCAGCCCUGAAACCCGAGGAGCGCAAGGCCAAGGCGGCGCCUGUAAAGACCCAGGCCAAGCCUGUUGGCGUCAAAAUCCCCACCUGUAAGAUCACCCUGCGCGAGACCUUCCUGACGUCGCCUGAGGAGCUGUACAGAGUGUUCACCACCCAGGAGCUGGUUCAGGCCUUCACACAUGCUCCCGCGGUGCUGGAAGCCGACAAAGGCGGCAAGUUCCACAUGGUGGACGGCAACGUCUCAGGGGAGUUCACCGAGCUGGUCCCCGAGAAACAGAUCAUGAUGAAGUGGAGGUUUAAGUCUUGGCCAGAGGGGCACUUCGCCACCAUCACCUUGACCUUCACUGACAAGAACGGAGAGACAGAGGUGUGCAUGGAAGGCCGGGGUGUGCCUGCUCCGGAGGAAGAGCGCACGCGGCAGGGCUGGCAGCGGUACUACUUUGAAGGCAUCAAACAGACCUUUGGCUACGGUGCGCGCUUGUUUUAGCUCCGGCCUGCCCUGCACUUCAGUCCAGCCUUCUCCUGACUGGGGCUUGCAGCUCGCAGGAUUGCACCAUCCCAACCGCUAACUUGGGGCUGGGGCCCCUCCCCUCCACAUACACCUUGGGUUCGUGCAUGUUUUCUGCGGGGUGGGGUCAGAGGGUGAUUUCUUUUUUUGUGUACAUACGCUACAUAAACAUAAUUUUAAAACACA